UAGUAAAGACUCAAAAGCGAUUCGAAACCUACAAAUUUUACGCACCAUUUUCACUAGUCGAGAGCUCUGAGAUUCAGAGAUGGCGAGAUCGGCCCUCCUUCACUUGGUUCGUUCGCAGACCACUCAUCGUCUCAAGUCCACAACCUCACUCUCUGGUUAUUAUCCCCGUAAGUUCGGAACAUGGUCGCCACACCCUCUGAGUACCAAUACCAACCUCAACUCUGCUUCACAGUUUGCCAUUAUGCAAAAAAGAUGGGCAUCUCAAUCCCCAAGGGAAGAUGACAAGAUCAGCAUUGGACCUCGUAGAGGAGUAGAAGCUGGGGAUGAUGAUAAGGAUACAGGGGUUGCUUAUUAUGGACCGAUCUCAAGUACUAUCAAGAAAGUGAAGCUCCUCUCUCUUUCCACCUGUUGCCUAUCCGUGUCUUUAGGACCUGUCAUAACAUUCAUGACAUCUCCUGACUCAAAUGUGAUCCUAAAGGGGGCAGUGGCUUCUUCGGUUAUCUUCUUCAGUGCUUCAACCACCGCUAUUCUUCACUGGUUCGUGAGCCCUUAUAUUCACAAGCUCAGAUGGCGGCCUGGUUCAGACAGCUUUGAAGUCGAGAUGUUGUCAUGGCUAGCAACAUCUAUUCCGAAAACCAUCAAGUUUGCGGAUAUCAAGCUGCCGGAGACAAACAGGCCUUUUGUGACAUUUAAAGCUGAUGGAAAAUUUUAUUUUGUUGAUGCCGACCACUGUCACAACAAGGCUUUGUUAGCUAGACUGACCCCACAGAAGGCAACGCAAGAGUCGGCUUUUAAGAAUUUGUGACUGAGAAGAUUUUGAUGAGAACUUUUUAGUUUGUAUGUUUUGGCUCAAACUAUUACUAUGGCUUGUAAUGAACAAAAUGAUCAGAGCUUUGAGCUUAUUAUGGGAUUUUUAUCUGUUUUCGUUAAAAUUAACAGGAUUAUCCAUAUUUUGUU